AAAGAAGCAGCGGCAUAUUUUGGUAGUGUCGCAAUAUCUGCCCUUCGGGCCUGGGGAAAUACGCAGUCAGGAGAGCGAGGGGUAACGAACCCGGGACCGCCUUGGUGUGCUGUUACGUAACGCGACUGGGCAAGCCGUGGUAAGGGCCAGACGGAGGACAACUGCGGCCAGUGGAGCAAGUGUUGGGUGAUGUUCGGCUGUGUCCUCGUUUUUUCCCGGGACUGCACGGCUACCAGGGCCGGCCCGAUCUGCUCAUAAGGCAGGAAGACCGAACAGACACAAGAUGAUGAGCCUCAAAAUCAUCUUCAAGGCGGUGAUCUUUCAUUUCACGAUUGUCGUCACGGCGAUUGAGACGAACACGGUCACUUUGAGUGCACCUGCGACCACAGCGAAGUCGCUGACAGGUGCGACUGGAGAUGAUUAUGAAGACAUCAUGACUACAAAUUUUACACAGACCCUCACGUAUGUGGACAACGUGAACAAAUUAAACAUAAGUUCACAAGAUUUCGUAUCUGCAUUUGACCUAUCAAGUUAUCAAAACAACUGCACACAAACUUAUGAGAAUGUAGACGAAUAUCAGUACAUUUCGUACAGUGGACAAUUUCCUGAACAGUUGGCGGGGCUGGCCUCGGAGCUGCGCGACGAAUUUCAUGCACUCAUAACAACUGCCAUGCUUUUCACUUGCAGCAACAAUGAAACUACAGGACUUGACGUCAUCAAUAUGUCGCGAGCAUACGUGGAGAAAUGCAAGGAAUUUGUCGAGGAACUUAACGGCAGAAUGCUUGAUCAAAACACAACAGAAAUGCAAGAACUGAGCAUUCUUGAUCCAGAAUUAUAUGGGACAAGCAUAGGACAUGCUCAGUCUGUGAUGAGAGUCGUUGAACGCUUGAUAGAAAUGAUAACAGACGAAGAAAAAACUGAUGCACUGAAUCGAAUAAUUUACCAAAUUCAUGAAGAAAUGCACUUUUGCAACGAAACUUUAGCGUGGGACGGCAUUGUCAGGGCGUUUAUGGAAAUGAAGAACUUUCUGAUGACUCGUUUGGAGAGGGCAGAGAACCUGUCGGAAUAUUUUGAAGCAAACGUGUUCCUAAAUGGCAUCGUACCCAACCAUACUGCACGCUUCCUUGACGUACUUUACUGGAGAGACGAAGUAAAGGCAGCAGAGGGGACGAUACACAGGUAUGAGGGAUACCGCUCUAAAGCGCAGGGAAAUCAGAUUAUAAUCAAGUCGAAGCGUAUUAUCACCGUGAUUGUUUUUGCCGUUGGUAUAACGGGAAAUGGACUGCUGCUAAUGAUCUUCAUCAGGCACAAAGAAACUCGGACACUUCCAAACUCCAUGCUGAUAAACUUGACUGUUGUGGACUGUGUAUCACUGGUUGUAAACCUGAUUCUGGAAUACGCACGUGUAACCACGUGCUGGUCAUUUGGUCUGUUGGUCUGUAAGCUCUACUACUUGCUUCGUUACGUGUUAAUCGGUGUUAGCACUUAUUCCGUGGUGAUGAUAAGUGUUCAGAGGUUCAUGGCCGUCGCACAAACGUCUUCAACAAGCAAGUGUUACUUGGGCAAGAAAACAAAGUACGUCCACAUAGCAAUCGUGUGGGGACUGGGCUUCGUUCUGUCCGUGCCCCACAGUGUUGUUGCUAACCUUAACAGAGGACUUUGUUACGAGCUUUCGUUUGAAAACUACGGUCCUGUGAGUACAUCUGACCUCGUGAUGGUGUGUCUGAUCCCUGUGAUCACUGUUGCCGUGUUCUCAGGGUUGACAGCGGCUCGGAUAAGGAGAAGUGUUCGUAACAUCCCUGGUGAGGGGACGGGGCUGAAGCACACGAGACACAAUCGUAUGGUGUCCUCCAGCAUUCUGGUUGCACUUGUGGUUUUAUUCGUAGUCAGUUACACCCCGGAUUUCCUGUACAAGUUUCUAAUCACUGAGGUCCACAUUCAGACCACUGAUUGGGACUUCAAUACGCUUAACUUGGUCACGUAUUAUCUCCGAUUCGUGAACUGCUGUUUGAAUCCGUUGGUUUUGUUUGUGAUGAGCAAACGAUACAGAACUUACAUUAAGAGAGACGCUUUCUGUGGAGACAGGAAGGCACAGCCGGGAAGUAAAAGUGAAAUCACCACGGAAACUUCACUACAAACACAUCUCUGAUUUCUAAUUCUCUGCUUCCAUAAAUGGCCAAAUAGUAAGGUCAUGCACCCCCUCCGUAUUCGGCCUAUACGCUUAAGUACGUUUUAAAAACAAUAAUCGCAAGUAAAGUAUUCCCGAUGGAAUACUGUCCAGUAAAUGAGUGAUUACAGACGGAGUUGGGAUUGGUAACUGGAUUUAAUGGACACUUCUGACACGCAAUUCAUGAUUAUAUUUUCUCAAAUCACUGUUACACGCAGACUAAGGCCGCUUUCAGACAAGACACACGGUGGCUUGCGACUAGUGUCUGGGACACAGCCACUCAACGCCACAACACGCACACUUAGUGGCUCUGACGUCAGAACCCCACAUUAAUGUUUCCUUCAGUCAUUCAGAUGGAGGUAUCAAAAUGUUCAUCCACCAUUUCAUCAAUGACGCUAGACUCUGUAUGUCCCGUCUAAACGCUAGCAUACAACUCAAUACACUUCGAGUGGCCAGACCACAAGUCAGUGUCUCGGCCACCGAAGGGGAAAGACACAGCUGCGACACAGUGUCUUGGACGUGGGACACUGAGACGCUUGUGUGAAGGCUAGUAUUCACGCUAGUGUAUCUGCAGCCGCUGGAUACUGUGUCUUGUCUGAAGGCGGCCUAAUGUUCUCAGUCACGUUGCUUGAUAAUGGCUUCCAAAGGCGGACGUUCCUCUGUUUCCGGGUUCACGUCCUCGCCGGUUGGAGACCAUCUCACACUGAUCUCAGUCUGACCGCUGGCAUUUCCUUCUGCUGCUAGCUUCUGGGCUGUACUAACUGGCUUCCAAAGGCCAACAUCCUGCCUGCAGAUUCUCUCUCAACUGGUGUCACAGUCAAGAGUCAGUUACUUUACGACUGGCGGUUCACUGCGAAUCUGUUCG